AUGCCCCUGUCCUUUGCCAAGCAUUCUGCUUGUCCAAAGCCGCUUCGAGGUCGCAGCGCCACGGACAACUGCCAACCUCUGCAGGUUGAGCCGCACCGCGAGCCGCACCGCGGGCUGCACUGUGGGCUGCACUGCGGCAAGUCUGCUGAGCUGAGGGCCGCGUCCGAAGCCAAUGCAGCCUUCCGGGCGCACAUGGAGGACAGCUCCGUGGUCAUUGACCCGCUCCUGGCGGAGCCAGACGGCGAGCUGUGGGGCUAUUUUGCCGUCUACGAUGGACACGGCGGGCGGCAGGCUGUGGACUUCUGCGAGGCGAAGCUCCACGGCCUGGUGUUGGAUGAGCUUCUCAAUGUUACCAGGUUGGCCGGGGAACCUGUGGCGGACGACACCGUUGCCGAUGUGCUCUUCAGGGCCUUUCGCCGGGUGGACGAGCAGCUGAAGUUGUUGGGCACCUGGCGAUGCGGCUGCACUGCCACCGUGGUUUUGGCGCACCGUACGCCAGCAGGACAAAUGCGCCUGCAUGCCUGGACAAACAGGUAUCCGCAUUCGGAAGUCGACGAAGAACUGACAGCUGAGGCGAGUGCCGGCUCACUCGGGACCACAGGCCGACCGAUCCUGCUGAAAUCCAGCGGGUGGAAGCUGAAGGCUGGAACAUGUUGGAGCAUCGGCUUUCGAGUGUCCAGCUUCUGUUUCGAGUUUGUUCGAAGCCACGUGUACGUUGUGGCAUGA